AUGGCACCCAAAAAGCAAACCAAAAAAAAGGACGAGGCAACCGAAGAAAAGGAAGAAAUGACAACAGCCGAAGAAGCUCAAUCUGAUAAUGAUAUGAAGGUUGAUUUAAAUUUAAGUGAUACUGAAAUGGAAGAAUCUUCAUCCAAAUCAAAGGCUUCAUCAUCAAAAACAAAGAAAGAGGACUCCAACAAAAAGAAGGCAACCAAGUCAUCAUCGUCAAAGAAAGACUCCAAGAACAAGGAUGGAGUUUUUAAAGGUUUAGAUUUUCUUGUUGGUAUCUCCGAUGAAACAACUGGUGCUGAUAGUAGUGAUGCAAUUACUGAAUCAUUGAGUAAUGAAGGUGGUAAUGUGAUGAAAAAGAUCUCCGAUAAAAUCAAAUAUUUGGUAUUUUUGAAGGGAAAACCUGCAACUUAUAAGAAUGCAAAAGAGAAAGGUAUAAAGAUUGUUAAUCCUCUAUGGGUCAAGGAUUGUAUUUCAAAGAAGAAAAUUCUUGAUGUAGAUUCUAAAUAUGAACCAGAAGAACCCGAAUCGGGAAAGAGAAAGAAAGAUGAUGACAAGGAAAAGACUGAUUCAAAGAAGAAAGAAUCAAAGAAGAAAGGAACAGAAAACAAGGAUGAUGAAGAAGAUUCCGAAACCAAGGAACCUGAAAAUAAGAAGAAAAAGACCGAAACCUCAUCCAAAUCAAAGGCUUCAUCAUCGUCAUCGACAAAGGGUUCUAAAUCAACUGAAGAUGAGGACAAUAAGAAAACUUCAGCUAAACAGAAGACCUCCAAGCCUUCAUCAAAGGAUGAUGAAAAGGAAAAGGCAACUUCUUCUAAACAGAAGGAAAACAACAAGAAAACUGAAGCCAAGAAAGAUGACAAGACAAAGAAGACUGAAACUAAAAAGAAAGAUGAAGAUAAGAAGGGAGAUGAUGAGACCAAGAAAAAGAAGAGUGAAACCAAGAAAAAAGAUGAAACCAAGAAGAAAGAUGAAAAGAAAAAGGAUGAAAAGAAAACAAAAAGACCACCUAGUGCUUAUAAUCUCUUUAUGGCUGAGAAGAAAAAGGAGAAUAAGUCAAUUGAAUUAUCAGAAAUUUCAAGUAUGUGGAAAGAACUCUCUGAUGAUAAGAAGAAACCAUAUGUUGAACAAUCUGAAAAACUUAAAGAAGAAUAUUUAAAGAAUAAUCCAGAUGCAGGAAAGAAAACCUCAAAACCAAAGAAGGAAGUUUAUGAAGGUGAAUCUGAUGAAGAAGAGGAAGAUGAUGAAUAUUUUGAUAAUGAUGGAGCAGAUGCAAUUGAUGAUGAAGGUCAUGUUACAAGAUUUGACUUUACUGGCUUUGAUAUUCAAGCACCAAUUUCUGAAAUUAAGAAACCUCCAAAAGGAAAAUAUGUUUUAGAAAUGUCAUCAGUUGGUGAUAGUGACAAACUUAAAAUUAUUUCUGCAAUGCAAGAGAAAGUUGCAAUUGAACCAAAAGAUGGAGAAUCACCAAAACUUGAUGAAAAAUCUUCUAAACCAAGAAUGAGGAGAGUUUUAGCAGAUUUUAGUUGGGCAACUACAUGUGAUCCACAUACUAUGAAUUUUGAAGAAUAUAAUGGACAAUACUUUACUCAUUUAAUUGUUCCAAAAGAAGACAAAACAAGAAGAACUAUUAAGGUUUUAUAUGCAGUUGCAUUUGGUGCACAUAUUGUAAAUGUAGAUUGGUUUUAUGCAUGUGAAAAAGAAGGUAAAAAGGUUGACGAGACUCCAUACCUUGUUGAUGUUUCUCCUGCAAGUGAAAAGUCAAGAGCAAUUUUAUUAAGUGAAGAAGAAAGAAUGAAGAGAAAACCAAGAAAAUCCAAAUCAGGUGAUGAAGAUGAUGAUAUGGAAGAUGAAAAGAAAGGUCCUUCUAAAUUACUUGCAGAUACAAAAAUAAGAGUUUCUACUCAAACAAAUCCUCCUGCAAAACAUUUGAAGAGAUUGAUUGAAUUAUUAGGUGGAUCAGUCGUUACAAGCUCAAGAACUGCAUCAUACCAUAUUCUUUCCAAGGAUGAAAAGUUUAUUGAACCAAAGGUCAAGUCUUUGACUGUAGAAUUGGAAGGAGGUCAUACCAUUGAAAAAGUGCCAGAUCCUGUUAUUGGUGUGACAGAGAAAUGGCUGCUUGAUGCAAUAACUAAUUAUGAAAUUCCUUCAGAUGUCACACCCUACAUUGUUGAACCUGAAAAAGAGGAAUCUCCCAAACCAACUCCUAAGAAACCUGCCAAAUCAGCACCCAAGUCAUCCAAGAAGACAUCUUCAUCAACUGAGGAUAAAAAAGAAGACAAGAAGAAGAAAGACUCCCAAGAUAAAAAGAAAGAUGAAGAUACAACAGAUGAUGACCAAGCUCAAAUGGAUGUUGAUGAAGAAGAAGUGACCUAUUAA